GUCAGUUGACGUUUCGUAUUCUAGUUUGAGUGUUGACGUAGAAGAACUUAUUCAUCGUAGUGAAAAUCAUUUGUAUUUUUGGAGAUUGUUAUCUAAAUACAAAAUAGUAGUAACGAGCUUUAUAAAAGUGACAGCAAAAUGAGUUAUCCUGGAUACCCAUAUCAACAGGGAUCAGCACCGGGAGCACCCCCGUAUUCUCACCAACCCCAAGGGGGAGCACCUUCAUAUCCCCAAAUAAACCCCAACAGUUUCGGUUAUCCUUCCAAUAUUCCAAUGCAAAUGCCACAACCUAUGCCUAUGCCUGCUUAUCCUCCCAGUACAGGUGGAUAUCCUUCUAGCGGCGGUUAUCCCUCAGGUGGAGGAUAUCCACCAAGUGGUGGCAGCACGUUUCCACCAAGUGGUGGUAGUACGUAUCCACCAAGUGGUGGUAGCACGUAUCCACCAAGUGCUGCUGGCGCGUAUCCACCAAGUGGUGGAGGAGUGUAUCCUCCAAAUACUUACCCGACAGUACCCUCUACGGGAGGGUAUGGGUCACAUCCUAAUGCUCCUGGUGCUCCUCCCGGUGGACACGGUUAUCAAGGAUCGCGUGGACCUUAUGGUGGUUUUUCAUAUACCCAGCAAAGUAGCCAACAAGGACAUGCUCCUAGUAGACCGAAGAAAACUCCAACUGUUAGACCCGCCAACCCCUUCAAUCCAACAGAAGAUGCUCAAGUACUGAGGAAAGCUAUGAAAGGUUUCGGAACCGAUGAGAAAGCCAUUAUCAAUGUCUUGGCUAGGCGAACUAAUGAACAGAGACUACAGAUCGCUAUGCAAUUCAAAACUUUGUUCGGAAAGGAUCUAAUAAAAGAUUUGAAAAGUGAAUUAACCGGCAAUUUCGAAAAUCUGAUUGUCGCCAUGAUGACUCCCCUUCCUGAAUUUUAUGCCAAAGAACUUCAUGACGCAAUGAGUGGUGCUGGUACCGACGAGGAUGUUCUUAUUGAGGUUCUUUGUACUAUGUCUAAUCGUGAGAUUAUGGUCAUCAGAGAGGCAUAUCAUAAAUUGUAUUACCGUCCACUAGAAGAAGAUUUGAGAAGUGACACUUCAGGAACAUUCAAAAGAAUGAUGGUUUCAUUAUGCUGUGCAAACAGAGAUGAAAGCAUGAUGGUGGAUCAUCAAGCGGCUGCAGCAGACGCCCAGGCUUUACUUUCAGCAGGCGAACUACGGCUUGGUACCGACGAAUCCGCUUUCAAUGCUAUUUUGUGCCAAAGAAACUACGCCCAGUUGGGACUUAUAUUUCAAGAAUACGAAAAGUUAUCUGGAACGGACAUCGAACAAACAAUCAAAGGGGAAUUCUCUGGUGAUUCUGAAGAAGGUUUUCUGGCCAUUAUACGCGCUAUAAAAGAUCAACCGACCUUCUUUGCCAGACAGUUACAUCAUGCUGUUUCCGGUAUGGGUACAGAUGAUAGAAAAUUAGUCCGUAACAUAAUUACAAGAUGUGAAAUUGAUAUGGAAGAAAUCAAAAGGGCCUAUGAAGCUAAAUACGGGGAGUCUUUAGGAGAGGCUAUAAAAGAUGAUGCUUCCGGCGAUUACAAGAAAUGCCUACUUGCUUUGAUUGGAGAAUAUUAAGCUUGCCAAAUUUUGUCUAAAUAAUUUCGAGAACACCUUCUGAAGAUAUUUCCUAUUACAACGAAAAUAUGCAUUUCUAUUAGAUACCAGUAAAUAUUUUAAGAAAAAAAUGGUGUUUGAAAUCUUGUUAUUUGAAUUUGUUCUUAGAUUUUUUCAUGCAAUGUUUUAGUAGAUAUCUCAAAUAAUACCAAAAAUAUAUAGAAUAUAUAAAAAAGUAGAUAAUUCAUUUCACAUUUAUAUCAACGCAAUUUUUUUCAUUCUGUGUCUAUAAAUAAGAAAUUGUUUACUCAAGAAUCAUCUUCCUAAUUUUGUCGUAUAGAAAAUCUGUCUCAGUUUUAAUGUUAAUUGUCUGGUCAAAACGCAAAGACUUCUUUGAACAUUAAACAAAAAUUUGUCACUAUUUUUUUUAAAUAUAAUGUAAGACUUUGAAAAAAAAAUUCCUUUUGAGCUAAGUGGCUAAAGAUGAAAUUAAAAUUUAUUAAAACUCAUUUAUAGACAAUUAAAAAUAUUUCUCUAAAAUUAAAAUUCAUAAUUUAAUAUAAAUAAAGUGAGUAGUAGCUGUAAUUAUCAUCCCUUAGCUCUAGCCAUAGUAAAUUCUAAAUUUUAAUAAUAGAGACAAAAUGUAAAAGUACAUUUUUGUGUAAAAUUAAACCUUUUUUGUAACUAUGUGUCCAAAAUUUUUAAAAAUAUUUUUGACUUUUUAACUUAUUUAAUUAAUUUUUAACUUAUAUUUAACAUUCAGGUAAUCCAAAAUUCGCAAUUGAGAACCUAUUAUUACCCUUAAAGAGAAUUUUUAUUUUGCUAGAGCUUUUGAGAUACUGUUUGAUCCAAAACAAGUAUAAUAAUAAAAAUUGUACAUGUUAUGAAUUACUUACUAUUAAGAGCACUAUAACUCACUCCCAUAUUUUAAAAUUAAAUACCCCAUAUUGCAAUUUAUGGUUUUAUUAAUUUGUCACUAUGAUAUUCCUAAAACUUGUUGUACGAUUGCCAAAUGUCUCGAUUAUAUAAUGUACCUCUCAUCUUGUGUAUUAAUUGUGAUUUUGCAGAUUAUAUAGAAAAUUUAUAUUUAUAUCAUGUAUUUAUGGCGUAAAUAAAGUAUAUGAAAGUUA